AUGUCUGGAAGGAGCUCUAAAAUAUGGGAUCAUUUUGAAAAGAACAAAGAUGACCCAAAGAGGGUUACGUGCAGAAUUUGCAAAAAAACAUUCACCUUUCAUUCUUCCACGACGAACAUGCUUUACCACCUCAACCAUCUGUGUGAGGACAUGAAAACCGAGACAUCCAUGGAUGGAGAGACCUCAGAAGCCUGUGUGAAGAAAGAGGAGACGCUGGAGCUGAAUAUCUACAGCUAUGGAGACGAUCUCGACAACCCACCUGAAGGUCUCUCCGUUAAAGUGGAAGAUCCUGACGAUAAAGACCAUCUCUACUGUGAAGUUUGCAAAUCCUUCUUCCUCAACAAAUGCGAGGUUCAUGGACCACCCCUCUUCAUCCCCGAUACUCCUGUUCCCAUGGGAGUCCCUGACCGAGCCAGACAAACACUUCCUCCUGGGCUAGAAAUCCAGAAGUCCAGUAUUCCUGAUGCAGGCCUGGGAGUGUUUAAUAAGGGGGAGACUGUUCCAGUAGGUGCACACUUUGGCCCCUGCCAGGGAGAGCUGGUGAACCGAGAGGAAGCCAAAAACAGUGGUGACUCCUCGGUUGUAUUCAGGAGCAUGCAGUGUGAAGAAUACAUCGAUGCCAAAAGAGAGACUCAUGUGAAUUGGAUGAGGUAUGUGAAUUGUGCCCGUAAUGAAGAAGAACAGAAUCUUGUGGCAAUUGAGUAUCAAGGUGGAAUUCUGUAUCGUUGCUGUCGAUCCAUUAACCCAGGACAGGAGCUCUUGGUGUGGUAUGAAGAGGAGUACACCAAAGAACUCAGUCUUGCACCUACAGGAACAACCAGGCAGCAAGAAGUAAAGAACGCUCUGCUGCAAGUCUUUUCCUGCUCCACAUGCCCUCGUUCCGAUGCAUCUCCAAUUUACCUCGACAAGCAUGUACAGAGAUGCCACUAUGAAGAGUACGUGAGACUCCGAGAAUCAGGAGAGAUUAAAUAUAAGCUUCAGAUCCCCUCCAAAUGCUCCAGUCGUCAACCAACAUCAACUGAUAUUAUCCAUUCUGAUACUUCCCAUAAUGAUAUACAGAAGGAAAUUCACCACUGCUCAGAUUGUGGAAAGAGUUUUAGUUAUCAGAAUGCACUCAAGACACACCAGCGCAUUCACACAGGGGAAAAGCCAUAUCACUGCUCACAGUGUGGGAAGAGUUUUACUCGUCAGAGUCAUCUCCAAACACACCAGCGCAUUCACACAGGGGAAAAGCCGUAUCACUGCUCACAGUGUGGGAAGAGUUUUACUUGGCAGAGUUAUCUCCAACGACACCAGCGCAUUCACACAGGAGAGAAGCCGUAUCACUGCUCACAGUGUGGGAAGAGUUUUACUUGUCAGAGUGAUCUCCAACGACACCAGCGCAUUCACACAGGAGAGAAGCCGCAUCAUUGCUCACAGUGUGGGAAGAGUUUUACUCAGCAGAGUGAUCUCCAACGACACCAGCGCAUUCACACAGGAGAGAAGCCGCAUCACUGCUCACAGUGUGGGAAGAGUUUUACUCAGCAGAGUGCUCUCCAACAACACCAGCACAUUCACACAGGAGAGAAGCCGUAUCACUGCUCACAGUGUGGGAAGAGUUUUACUCAGCAGAGUGAUCUCCAACGACACCACCGCAUUCACACAGGAGAGAAGCCGCAUCACUGCUCACAGUGUGGGAAGAGUUUUACUCGGCAGAGUGAUCUCCAACGACACCAGCGCAUUCACACAGGAGAGAAGCCGUAUCACUGCUCACAGUGUGGGAAGAGUUUUACUCGUCAGAGUGCUCUCCAAACACACCAGCGCAUUCACACAGGAGAGAAGCCGUAUCACUGCUCACACUGUGGGAAGAGUUUUACUUGGCAGUGUGAUCUCCAACGACACCAGCGCAUUCACACAGGAGAGAAGCUGCAUCACUGCUCACAGUGUGGGAAGAGUUUUACUCAGCAGAGUGAUCUCCAACAACACCAGCGCAUUCACACAGGAGAGAAGCCGCAUCACUGCUCACACUGUGGGAAGAGUUUUACUCAUCAGAGUGAUCUCCAACGACACCAGCGCAUUCACACAGGAGAGAAGCUGCAUCACUGCUCACAGUGUGGGAAGAGUUUUACUCGUCAGAGUGCUCUCCAACAACACCAGCGCAUUCACACAGGAGAAAAGCCGCAUCACUGCUCACAGUGUGGGAAGAGUUUUACUCAUCAGAGUGAUCUCCAACGACACCAGCGCAUUCACACAGGAGUGAAGCCGCAUCACUGCUCACAGUGUGGGAAGAGUUUUACUCAGCAGAGUCACUUCCAAACACACCAGCGCAUUCACACAGGAGAGAAGCCGUAUCACUGCUCACAGUGCGGGAAGAGUUUUACUCAGCAGAGUGCUCUCCGAACACACCAGCGCAUUCACACAGGAGAGAAGCCGUAUCACUGCUCACAGUGUGGAAAGAGUUUUACUCGUCAGAGUGGUCUCCAAACACACCAGCGCAUUCACACAGGAGAGAAGCCGUAUCACUGCUCACACUGUGGAAAGAGUUUUACUCAUCAGAGUGGUCUCCAAACACACCAGCGCAUUCACACAGGAGAGAAGCCGUAUCACUGCUCACAGUGUGGAAAGAGUUUUACUCGUCAGAGUGAUCUCCAACAACACCAGCACAUUCACACAGGAUAGAAGCCGUAUCACUGCUCACAGUGUGGAAAGAUGUUUGCUUGUUUAGUUACAUUUAAGACCUUCAAGUGCACUAACUCAGAGACAUUGCAUGAUUUAAAGUUGUCAAAUUAAAUAUGGUUAUUACAGUUUUGACUGAAAAUGACCUGUACUUUGAACUUUAUUGUUCAUGUUACACUGGUCAACAAUUUUUCAGAAGUUGCCUGCUUCACUACGGAAGCGCAUUGCAUUCACCUAAUAAUACAAAAAAACAGCAGGUUAUCUUAUAAUUACGAGAUAAGAUUUCAUAAUUACAAUAUAAUUAUCUCAAAAUUACGAGAUAUCAUCUUGUAAUUUUGAGAUACUAUCUCGUAAUUACGAGAAUAUUAUGUCUGGUUUUCAUUUAGCCAUAUCAGUUUCAUGUUAGGAAGUGAUGUGUGGCUGCUGUGAUUAGCAAGGGAAUGAUGGAUAUCUCUGGCAGUAUAAGCUUUUACUUCUUUCUUGGCAUGAGGCACUGGGAAAUAUUAACAUGUCUCAGGAUGGAUGGCAUUCAAAUAAGCAUGUCAACGCUACGGAGACGAAUGAAAUUGUUGGAGUUGUUCAGGCGGAAAGGCAAGUCUGACUUGCUGGAAGUUGCGCUCUUCCUGAAUGAGCAAUUAAACCAAUAUGGCAUGAUGCAUGGAUACAAAUUCAUGCAUUUGAAAUGCAUUCAAGCUGGACUGGUCGUGACUUAAUCCACAGUGCGUGCUCUGCUGAAGAUUCUCGACCCUCAAGGAGUGCAGCUGAGGUUAAGGCGACGUCUUUACAGCAAUCCAGGCCCGAACUUCUUGUGGCAUGUGGACUCAUAUGACAAGCUUAAACCGUAUGGAAUAUGCAUCAACGGAGCAGUGGAUGGAUUCUCGCGCAUGGUCAUAUGGCUUCACGCCUUCUCCACCAACAGCAAUCCUAAAGUCAUUGCUGGGUAUUUCAUUGAUGAGGUUGGCAGCAGAGGCGGCACUCCUUCUCGUAUCCGGUCAGAUCUGGGUACCGAUGUGCCCUGGAGCAAAUACAGCGGUUUCUAAGAGAUACCCACGAUGAUGUGUUUUCGAAAAGAUGCUACAUAACUGGAUCAAGUAACCACAAUCAGAGAAUUGAACAAUGGUGGGGAUUUCUAAGAACACACCACGCACAAUUCUGGAUGAACAUGUUUCCAGAUCUCAACGACCAGGACCAAUUCUCUGGAGAUUUCCUAGACAAAAAUAUCAUUCAGUUCCCCUGCCUGGAAAUAAUUGAGAGAGAGCUGCAGGAAGUGGCUCAGUUGUGGAACUGCCACAGACUUCGUCCCAGCAGGAAUGCUGUUUCUCCGAGUGGACGACCAUUGCUUAUGUACAGCAUUCCACAACUGUUUGGCAGUACAGAUCACCUGAAAACUGUACAUCCUCAACAAGUAGAUCUGUGCUGAGAUGAAUGCCUACCAAGAGGACCAUUGCCCUGCGAACAGACUGUUUUUGACAUUUGCUGUCUGUUGAUGUCAGAAAAUCAUCUGCACCCACCCACUACUGCACAUGAAGCCAUAGAACUGUAUCUCUUUUUACGAGAAAAUAUCCACACUUUGCUCUAAUUCUUACAUUCUUACCUGUUCGCCAACAGCAUACGUCAGAUUGGAACUCCAGCGAUUGUAUGCUACCAGUUGGUGGCAGCAAAUGCACCUCUUUAAUUGUGAAUGCAGCACAUGCAGCUCGGUAUUUCAGAUAUGUUCUCUUAUGAGAUCCCACCUUAUAAUACAACACCAUACUUUAAGCAGGUAAUAAAUAAAACUCAUGUAAUUUACAAAAAUACAAAGUAAAGGUCAGUUAGGUUUUAUAGUAGUUUUUGCUAUGUAUGGCUUCAUUAUAUUAGUGUUCACAGUAACAGUACAGCUAUACUACUGUUUGUGUUAUUAACUUCAACUGCAAACAGAAUUCAGGCAUUGCAAUAAAAUUUUGCCAUUUAUUCAGGAACAAGUAUCAGUCCACCUGCCUUUAAACCCCUUUCAACAA